AUGGCAACCCCUGUGGAUGCGAAGCUGCUUCGGCAGACCAAGUUUCCACCUGAGUUCAGCCGCAAGGUGGACAUGACCAAGGUGAACAUCGAGGUGAUGAAGAAGUGGAUUGCAGGACGAAUUUCAGAAAUCCUUGGCAAUGAAGAUGAUGUAGUCAUUGAACUUUGCUUCAACUUGCUUGAAGGAGCUCGUUAUCCCAACAUCAAGGCACUCCAGAUCCAAUUGACCGGCUUCCUCGACAAAGAUACUUCCAAUUUCUGCAAAGAGUUAUGGUCAUUAUGCCUGAGCGGUCAAGAGAAUCCCCAGGGCGUUCCGAAGGAGCUCUUGGAAGCUAAGAAACUCGAACUCAUCCAAGAGAAGCUGCGGAAUCCGCUCGCCGACAGAGGGAGCAAGACCUCGCGCGAGACCGGGAAAUGGAUGAUAUCAGACGGAGAGAACGUGGAGAUCGCGGAGAUCGCGGACGAGCAAGAAGAGGCCCUGGCCACGGUAGCAGUGACUUUGGUCGCCGGAGAUCACGCUCACCACGCAACCGAAGCCGGGAUCGAUACCGUGAACCCCCACCUCGCCGCGAAUUCGAUUCUUACGUCCCAUCUAGCUCCAACCGAGGUCGCCGACCAACUCGGUCCCCUUCUCGAUCUAGAUCCCCCUCCCGCUCCCCAUCUCGCUCCCCACCACGUCGCCGCCAUCAAGAACGACGUGAUCGAUCCUCAGAUCGUCAGCGUCGCCGCCAUCACAGUAGAUCCACUUCCCCCUAUGCACGAGACCGCAGAGAAAAGAGACGCAAUUCGGACCACGGUGAUCGACACAGAUCCAUUACCCGCAGUGAAUCAUCCCGCUCACGAACUCCCAGAAGAGACCGACGGAAAAGGCGCUCAGUCUCCCGCAGCGUGA